AUGAGUGUCCUGGUUUUGCUUGUCUUACAUGCAAACUUAUUUUGUUUUCUGCAGUCCUAUUUUGUUACGGAUUAUGAUCCAACGAUUGAAGACUCCUACACCAAGCAAUGUGUGAUAGAUGAGAGAGCCGCGCGCUUGGACAUUCUGGAUACAGCGGGACAAGAAGAAUUUGGAGCCAUGCGUGAACAGUACAUGAGGACGGGGGAAGGUUUUCUGCUUGUUUUCUCAGUCACUGAUAGAGGAAGUUUUGAAGAAAUCUAUAAAUUUCAGCGACAGAUUCUUAGAGUGAAAGAUCGUGAUGAGUUUCCUAUGAUUCUAGUUGGUAAUAAAGCAGAUCUGGACCACCAAAGACAGGUGACGCAAGAGGAAGGUCAGCAGCUAGCACGGCAACUCAAAGUAACAUACAUGGAAGCCUCAGCAAAAAUCAGACUGAAUGUAGACCAAGCUUUUCAUGAACUUGUCAGAGUUAUAAGGAAGUUUCAAGAACAAGAGUGUCCUCCUUCACCAGAGCCAACACGGAAAGAAAAAGACAAGAAAGGCUGCCAUUGUGUUAUUUUCUGAGAAUCCCAAGAACCAAGCUGUCAACUGCCAGAUUAUUUUUUAUUGUCCAUCAUUUUACAUCACUUCUGGUAUUGGUCUAGCCUUACAUGUGCAUGUCCUAAAAGUGGUCACCAGAAUAGCCUUAGUCCAAGAAGCUGGCAGAAUAGUUCUUGAAGAAGACUCGGUCAUCCUGGGGCAGACUUCAAAGCAAAACACUAAGGCUGCUUCUUUAAUACCACAGUUCCUUCCUCCUCUCCCUUAAGAGCUUGCACCUUGUGGAGUUUUAUUCGCAAAGGAGAUGAAACAAAACCGUGUAGGACAAGGUGUUGAAGUCACGCAUAAGUUGUCUCUUGUGAAUUAAUUUAUUUUUACUUCUGACAUUUCAUUAGCUAUUACAAAGACCUAUAUUGAAGUAUAGAGAAUACUUUUUAAAAAAGGGGUGGAUUGGCUUUUUUUGCCCACAGUUAAAUUAGACUUGAGUAUUCAGCUAGCCUUAAGAAACCUACACUGAAUUUCAUUGUCAGCAAAAAUUUUCAUCUCUCACUUAUGCUGCAGUUUUAUUUCAGUGGCCAAAACAGUCUACUGUAUUUAUUUUAUGAAUCCAGAACAGCUACAGGAUGAUUACUACUACUAUUAGGAUAUGGCCAAAUACCUGAGCUCAUUCUGGAUUGAGGCAUUUCAGCUUAUUAAGAAAUUUCACAUCAUUUGUUUGGAAACAAAUUGUGUCUUCCUUUGUAUUUUUGGGUAAGGGAUUAAGGAAAACUAAAAUUGUAGCUGUUUUUGUUUCAUGUGAUAUAAAAAUGAAUUUGAUCUUUCCAUUGUCAGAGAUGAUUAAAUGUUUUUGCUAUAUACUUUUAUACAUUAUUUUCUUAUCAAACUAGUUAACAAGUAUUUUUAUAUGUUUGUAAGCAAAUAUGCUUUCACAGCAUAACUUGUGUAUAUGUAAAGAUGAGUAUUUAAUUCUCACAGUUCACUUUUAACUGACAAAAUGUGGGAUUUGCCAAACUGUGGUAAACUUCUCCUUACUCUUCGGUUAUACCCAAGAAUGGCCAAAUUAUGUGCCUGCCCAACACACCCAUAGAGUAAAAUCUAGUGUUGUGUUUUAAUGAAUUUCAGUAUCCCCUACUAAAGACUAUUAUGUGAAUUAUUAAACUGUAAGACUUUUAACUGAUUGUUUAGUUAAACUGUGGAUGGUUGUUUAAUUUUGAGUUCUGUGGAUUGUGUUUAAACAAUUCAAGAGUAUGGUCCCUGAUAUUGAAAUACUGAGUGGUAUUGCACAGUUGUCACCUUACUGAAUGUGUCCAACAGUUCUCUGAAACUUGAUUAUUAAGCAGACCCUUGUAUAACUUCAGGUGCUAGAAUUAAAGAUGAUCUAACCAU